UGUCAUAGUAAUUGCGCUGAACGAAGAAAUUAUCAAGUCGCCGGACUCCAUCGUGGAAGUAUUUAAUAAUCAAGCAAAGAUGAUUCUGAGCUUGGCGCUCAUUUUGAGUGCCAGUGUAGAGCCCUUCGAUUCAGUGAGUAGAGCUGAACUAGAUUGCGGCUGCUUCUUUCACGUGGAGCGGGUCGCGAACUGCUCAAAUCGAGCAAGCAUUGACUUUAAGUGCUUGAGAAAGCGAGCCCCAACAGAGCUCUGGCUGAGGUGGAACAACUAUUCAGCAGUGCCAGAGGAACUAUUGCACGAUUUCAAUAGCACCAGAAAAAUUGAUCUAUCAAACAAUUAUAUAGAAAUGCUGCCCGCUGGCAUUGCGGAAUCCCUACCACAGUUAAGACAUUUGGUUCUCGAUCACAACAACUUCUCUGACCCAAACGAACUCCUGCGUAUCAAUAUACGAGGCAAGGCGUCGAUGCAUUACAAUCCAUUUAAAUGCGAUUGCAGCGAUCCCAACUAUAAGCAAAUCCUGUAUCAAGCUAACAAUUUAAUGACAACCGUCGUGUGUGCAAAUAAUACAACUGGCAAGCCCAAAUCGUAUCUGGACCUUUGCUAUCAAGAACAAGGUAACUCGCGGAUAUGGUGGCCUUUAAUAACAAUCGUUGUUGUUAUUUUCGUUGUAAAUGUCAUCAUUUGCCGCAGAUUGGCGUGAAUAUUGCAGUUUGCCAUAUUGAAUAAUAAUAUUAAAAUUUACUAAGCUACAGUAUUAGCAUAUCAGCUAUAAAUAAAAGAAUCUUAAUCUAAAAAAAAAAAAAAGUUACAAUAGAUAUCUUAGAUAGAUACAAUGUUUAAGGAUAGCUGUCAGUUGUUUGGGUACAUGUUCAUUUUUCUAAAGGCGUCGUUUAGUCGAGGCUAUAGGAUAGAAAAUAAGACAUAAGAUUAUAAAUGUUGCCUCAUAUUUUUAUUAUUAUUAAGCAAAUUAUUUAACGUGAAUACCACCUCCAGCCCAACCGACACGAACAAAAAAAA